AUGCUUUCAUUACUAUUAUGCGCCACGGCCGCAGCAGCUGCCAGCAUAUCUGGUCUGCGAAAACUAAGCAAUCUAGUUACAUUUGGAGACAGCUAUACAGAUGAAGGACGUUUGAACUACAUCUUCAAUCACAACGCUCUCCCUCCUCCUGGCCAGCUAUUGCCGGUGAACAAUCAAACGUCGGUGGGCGGAUAUGCCUGGCCAAGACUCGUGGCGCAAAAAACGGGAGCCAAGCUCUACGAUUAUGCUGUCGCAGGUGGUAUGUGCUCUAACAAUGUUACUCAGCACUACCUGGGCAAUAUCAAUGGGCCAUUCCCGUCCAUCUUGGACUACGAGGUCCCGGCAUUCAAGACAGAUUUGGGGUAUAAAGGGUUAUACCCAGACCGAAGAGCAGAUAACACAGUUUACGCGCUGUGGAUCGGAACUAAUGACCUUGGAAUUGACGGAUUUCUGGGCGAAGAGCAGGUCCAGGGAGCUACAAUCACAGACUUUGUAGAGUGUGUCUGGAAAGCCUUCGACGGUGUGUAUAAGCUGGGAGGCAGGCAAUUCGUCCUGCUCAACGUGCUUCCGCUGCAACUUUCGCCCAUGUAUGCCUCCAUCCCCAAUGGUGGAGCUGGAAACAACGAAUAUUGGGGCAAUAAAGAGUCGUUUAACACCACAGAGACUCAGUAUAAGAUGGAGGAGUAUCUGACCAGCGCCAACACCAUGUUUGCCACGGGAGCGCCGUAUAAUCUACUUAUCAAGAAGCGUUGGCCAGGUGCGACAGUCAGCCUAUUGGACGUUCACUCGCUGUUGCUUGAUUUACGUGCGAACCCAUCCAAGUAUUACACUGAGCCUGUCAACAUUACCAGCUCGUGGAGGGGAUGCGGAGACUCAGGCUGCUAUCAGUCGACUGAGCCGCAGUCGAAUUUCGUGUGGUAUGACGAAGUGCAUCCAUCUGAGAGGACAUGCGAAUAUGUGGCCGACGAGUUCAUCAGCCUUUUGGAAGGAAAGUCGAAAUAUGGCGUCUCAUAUCACUAGCAUGAGUUGUGGGCAGAACCAAUGAAGAUAGAAAAGAAAAUCAAGUUGAUUGGAAUCGAGUUUGG